UCGGUAGCAUGCUGUUUGAAUGGGAACAGGAAGUUAGCUGAGUAGCUAGGAGGUAGCCAAGUAUUACGUCGUUAUAAAACGUUUAAGCAACUGCACGACAAGACUCUGAAUUACAUAUUUUAAUCGGCUCAUGGCAUGAUGUUUAAAGUCUGACUGGCACUGGGAUAAAGGUGUAGUAAACAUCUGUCCGCAGAGGCAGGAAUCAGUCUGAUGAGGGGGCACCUACAGCUGACAGGAUGCAGCAGAAAAGGAACAUCCAGAUCAUCGAGUGGGAGGACCUCGACAAAAGGAAGUUCUACUCCUUUGGGGUGUUCAUGACGAUGACCAUCCGGGCCACCGUCUACCCGGCCACACUCAUCCGCACUCGGCUGCAGGUGCAGAGGGGCAAAUCCCUCUACAGCGGCACCUUUGAUGCCUUCUUCAAGAUCCUGCGGACGGAGGGAGUUCGAGGACUUUACCGCGGCUUCAUGGUCAACACCUUCACGCUCAUCUCAGGCCAGGCGUACAUUACCACAUAUGAGCUGGUGAGGAAGUACGUCUCCCAGUAUUCUGAGGACAAUACGGUGAAGUCGCUGGUGGCGGGCGGCUCGGCCUCCCUGGUGGCUCAGAGCAUCACCGUCCCCAUAGAUGUCGUCUCUCAGCAGCUGAUGAUGCAGGGUCAAGGGGAGCACCUGACACGAUUUCGACUCAACGAUAACACAGAGACGGGGAAGGCCAAAAAAGUGUUUGGCCAAACCAGGAACAUUAUGGCUCAGAUUUUUGCUGCGGAUGGUUUCCGCGGCUUCUACAGGGGAUAUGUGGCGUCUUUGCUCACUUACAUCCCGAACAGCGCUGUGUGGUGGCCUUUCUAUCACUUUUAUGCUGAGCAACUCUCUAAGAUGGCUCCCAGUGAGUGCCCUCAUCUGGUUCUACAAGCCAUGGCUGGACCUCUCGCCGCUGCUACUGCCUCCACUGUCACAAACCCUAUGGACGUGGUCAGAGCCAGAGUGCAGGUUGAAGGCCGCUCUUCAGUCAUCGAGACGUUCCAGACGCUGAUCAAAGAGGAGGGAUGCUGGGGAUUGACCAAAGGACUGUCGGCACGCAUCAUCUCAUCCACGCCCACCGCCAUCGUCAUGGUGGUCGGCUACGAGACGCUUAAAAAACUGAGUUUGCGUCCUGAGAUGGUGGACUCGAGACAUUGGUAGAAGAUACCUGGACGGACAAUAUCUGGACCACGUGCCAUUUUAGCUCUAAAUUAGACUUCCUGUGACCGCUGGAUGAAGGAAAGGUUCGUUUUAAGUAACAGCCCAGGGAACAAAAUGGAAUCAGGCCAUCAUGUGUUCAUACCAACAUAUUAGAUUAAAUACGUGGCCAUCAACAUGCUCUCCAGACACAGGUUCAUAGUUUAUAUCGCUGCUUAACAGGGUUGAAUCUCUUUAGUGCAAUUGAGAUUGAUGAAUAAAAUGUUUUAACACUGGAAGAUGCAGACAGAAGCUGCUCUCACUUAGCAGUCUGUCCCUAAAAUGUUCAGGAACAUUUCCUGCACAAAGGUCAUGUGUGAAUUGGAGCAGGGAUCAAUAUUCUGGGAAAUCUGUAUUGCCAAUUUCUCACCUCGAGAUCGAGGAAGAUUUCCAGGAAAAUGCCAGUACAGCUGUGUUGUGAAUGAAGGCAGAGACAAACACGUAAAGGGGUUCUUUUCGCGGAGCAAGUUAACCAGUUUACAAGACUCUGAAUCUGUGAAUCUUUACGCGUUUCUGACUCGAGUAGAUCAAAAAGGAAACACAUUUUGUCUUGCAAACUUAGUAAAUAUUAAAUACAGAUGCAUCUCAAUAAAUUAGAAUAUCAUAGAAAAGUUUACGUCAGUAAUUAAAUUCAGAAAGUGGAAAUAACACAUUACAUAGAUCCAUUACACACAGAAUGAAACAUUUCAUGUCUUAAUAAUUAUAAUUAAUCACAUUUUUUUUAAGAAGUAUGUUUAAUAUGGAAAUGUUGACCUCUGAAAAGUAUGUGCACCUAUAUGACUCAAUACUUGGUUGGGGCUAUUUGACCUGAACUACUGGAAAUGGACUUUCCCAUCAUAUUCUAAUUUAUUGAGAUGCACCUGUAUAUAACAAGAGCCUUGGGCCCCAAAAAAACAGCCAUGUUCCUAAAAAAUAAUAAGACAUCUUCCGUCAUGUACACGCACAUUCGGCCCUGCCCUACCUUUUUUCUUACGUUUUAUGGCGUGUUGCAACUCUCCCUUGGCUCGUCUAUUCCAGCUCAAGGAGUGUAGAAGGAGGAGAAGACACAGGGUCAAAUGAUGUGUUGAGGUACAACAGUAAAAUCUUGCCAACACCGGUGGUGCACAAUCAUAGACCACCUUGUUUCCAUCAGGCCGAGCUCACCCCAUGAGCCCCCGGGUGGAAACCAGUCUUCUGCAACAUCGCCACUCCAGUUAAACUGCAGUUAAAAUGUGUUGUAAACCAAGAAUAUGUCGCCGUCUGACCCCGUGUCUUCUCCUCCUUUUACACUCCUUGUUCCAGCUUUGCCAUGGCGUGUGUCAAAAGGCACAAGAUGGAAAUGUUCCUGAAUGUUCUGCAUCUGUGAGGAGAGAAAAGCCUGAAAGAUUAUCCCAGUAGUUUAUUGGGAAUUUUUGUGUAAGAGGCUCAUUGAUGCUACCCUAAUGUGAUUAAUUUUAAACGCUCUGCAAUCAUGUUCAAGGCUCUUUGCAGUGGAGAGAAGUGGAAUUGAUUGCUGAUAUAACAUCCAGAUGGUUACUGUCCCAGAGCGAAGCAGCGUCUGGCCCACAUUAAAGGAAACUGGUUUUGAUCGGGGUUCAGAGAAAGGUCGUAUAAACUUGUGAUGACGCUUUGACGUCAGCAGUAAACAAAUCUUUCCCGAGUGUUUGUUUCCUUUCGCUCACUCAACUGGCUUCUAUGUGUAGUUCCUUUAUGCCUUUUUUUUUCUUAAAUUUUUGCCUUCAUAGUGUGAUCAAGACAAAUAAUCUGCUUUUUGUUUUGCUGAUUGUGAGAAGAAGAAAAAUAACAGUAGCGUUUAGGAUGAGUGCAUCAUGGCAGCUUCUGUGUUGUAUAUUUAAUUUACAGCUUUCUUAUACACUACACGUGGUCAAAAUAAAUGACAAAUUCCAUGCAAAACAGUAUAUAUCCUAGAGCCAGACUGAUGUCGGACAGAUUUUAUAGGAGAAAAAUUCACAGAUGACUGACAUGCUGACAAUAUUGUGAAUUUUUAAGCUGGAAUGAAACACCCUUUUUAUAUGGAUUGUGCUCCGAAAUGACUGUAAAAAAGGUGUUCAGAAGGUUUCACUUUAAACAAUAUCUGUAAUAAAUAAUUGAUAAAAGUAUUCUACAUGCAGUGUAUUACAUUGUAAACCAAUCCUAGAAAUGAGAAAAUAAAGAAUAAAUAGAAAUAAAUGAAAUACCUAAAUAAAUAUCAAUGCAAGUUCAGUGCUUAAAUAAAGAAUAAAUAAAAAUAAAUAGCGAAUACAAUUUCUAAAUCACCCCAAUUUUUUUUGCACUAUCUGUUGGGCUCUAAUACAUAAAGUACAAUAUUUUCAUCAGCAUUUCUGUAACUUACUAUGAUGCUGUUUUUUUCUCACAGUUGAGCAGAUUGCAGCGAUGAAGCUGGUUCAUAAAUUACUGAUUAUGUGUUCUGUGAAUUAAUAGAGCUGAACAGGAAAUUCAAAUUUUAUUGAAAUUAAGUGCAAUAUUUGUAAAAGGCAAAAUACCAAAUAAAUUAAGUCUUGUGGUGCUGCAGGGAUGUCCCAGCCUACAAAUAAUUUCCCCAAAUCGUUCAGGCUUCGUAAUCAACAGAAUAACUGUAUUCCAGAAAAUGAUUAGUUAGUUAAAACCUGUGAAAGACUGAAAAACUAAUGCAGUUUCCCUCUUGUGACCAUAACCAUUUGAGUGCAAUAACAUAAAUGUUUUAUCCUUUUCAGCACAAAAUGUGAUUGUAUAUUUCUUGUAAACUGUGUGAAUAACAUGUCUUAAAUGAAUGCUUCAUAACUAAUUUAUUUUAUUCACAAAUUUUGGAGGAUUAUGACCACAGAAGUGUCACAACUUUAAAAUUUCACAAUAUGUUUGAGUUUGUUGCUUUUGUAACUUUUUCAGAUGGCUUUUUAGGAAAGGUGAAUAUAAAAUAAACUUAGGUUUAAAGGUGAGAUACAUAUAAUAUUGAAUCUUGUCACUGCGGGUAUUUUCAUCACAGAGAAAUGAGAAGAUUAAGGCUGCUUUAGUUUGAUUGAAGGCACAUUAAAUCUGAGUUGGUUUAAAUGAAGCCAUUACAUCCUAUAAUAUUUUCUAAAGUUAUAUAUAAAUUUGCUCAGGCAUCAGCAAGAGCAGUUAGACUCACUUCUUCAGGACAAUCAUCUUUUAAAUGAAUUAUUUAAUAAAGCCUAAAAACCUCAUUGGAGAAGAGAACCAAUACAAACUUCUGUACCGAGACUGAUCGAAGUCUGGAAUUUAAAUUUUCUUUGUACAACUCUCAGUAACUCAAAGUGUGAUCAUGUUGUCGGAGAUUUGUGAUCCUGUUGUGGAAACAUUUCACGUCACGUGUCGUCUCAGUGUUUCUUCAUUCAUCUGUUUGAUUAAUAAAACAUCACAGCUGCUUCACAAAAA